AUUGUAAUAAUAAUACUAUACACUAUAUAGAAAUAAAAGAUUCUACGUUUCAUAAAAUUAUAAAAUAUUGUUUUGACACCUUCUUUACAAUGCCAAUUAUUUGGACAUAAAAAAAUAUUUUAUCGUUAUACCUUCAAAUGGGUCAAAAUUCUAGUCAAUUUUCAGUUGAAGAAUUAAAUGAUUACCAGGAUCUCACAUACUUUACAAAAAAAGAAGUUUUAAUUGCUCAUGAGAAGUUCAAGUCUUUAGCUCCUGAAAAGGUGGGGCAUAACAAAAAUGCCAAAUUGGCACUUAACAAAGUGUUAAAACUUCCUGAAUUAGCUGCCAAUCCAUUUGGUGAGCGAAUAUGUCAAGUAUUCAGUUCGAGCCAAGAUGGUGAUUGUACGUUUGAGGAUUUCUUAGACAUGAUGUCUGUAUUUAGUCCCAUGACUCCAGCUGAUGUAAAAGCCGAGCAUGUAUUUAGAAUCUUUGAUUUUGAUAGUGACGACAUGUUGGGUGUAGACGAUAUUAGAAAAGUUAUACAAUGCUUAAUUGGUACAGAUAACUAUUUUAAUGAUAGUGAAUUUAAACUUUUAACACAAAAAAUUUUUGAAGAAAUUGAUUUUGAUGAUGAUGGCGCUUUAUCUUUUUCCGAGUUUGAACAUGUCACUGACAUGUGUCCUGAUUUUAUCAAAAUGUUCAGUAUAAAGUUAUGAGAAGGGCCAAUUGGAGAAGUUAUACACAUGAUUAGCUUGUAUAUUUGAUGAACAAAUAAAUUAUUUCUAGUAACAAAAAAUAACCAAAACAUAAUAUUUAUGUUACAGCUAUGAAAGAUUCAUUAUAUUUUAAAAAGUUAAGUUAUCAAAUGAUAGAACAAAACAUUUGAUAUAAUUAUUUUAAUUUAUUUAAGUAUUUUUAAGUUGUAUAAAAAUUUAAUUUAUUAUUGUUUUAAAGAAAAGCUUUGUAGAUAUUUUAAUUUUUACUAGGUU